AUGCCAUUUGGCAAAGGGAUAUCUCCUACAGCAUCCAGUGCCUGUUUUGAAGGGGCAACAUCUGGCUUAGGGCCCAAGGACAGCAAUGCAAGAUGGCAGCCACCACGGGCUCAGAAUGUUUAUGAAAACCAAAUAUACAGCGUUAAAAUAAAAUAUGGAUCUAAAUCAUUCCCUUUUGUAAAAUUUGUAACAAAAUUUAAUAUGAAUGGAGUCAAUAGUUCUAAUGGAGUAGUGGACCCAAGAGCCAUAUCAAUGCUAUCAAAAUGGCAAAAUUCAUGUUGUAUUAAAGUUUUCCUGCAAGAGCUGUGGCACCUAAUGAUGUCUAAAGAAAAUAUGAAACUCCCUCAGCCAACUGAAGGUCUGUGUUACGGCAAUUAA